AUGAUAUAUAUAAUAGGUUUAUUAGUUGUUGGAAUAAUUUGGGGAAUUACAAAUCCUUUUAUGGAAUCCGGAGUUGGUAAUAAAUAGUAAGACCUAUUCGGAUUUAAAUCUUUUAUUCAAACAAUACUUAAUUAUAAGUUUAUUAUUCCUUUUGGAAUAAAUCAAAGUGCAUCUAUAUUUUAUUACUAUCUUUUGGGUCAUACUCCAUUAAGUCUAGGACCAGUUAUAGUGAAUUGUGUUAACUCAGCAACAACUGUAAUCACAGAAUCUCGUUUAAAGAAAUAGAAAUUGAAGUAAAAGACUUGGAUUGGGUUAAUUUUAAUUUUUAUUGGAACCUAUUUGGUUUGCUCAAGCAAGUGAAAAUGAUUAUAAAC